AUGUCAUUUGCAUCAGAAGCACCACAAUGGAUUGUGGAAAUAGUACAUAAUAGUUGCUGGCAGCUGAAUCCUGAAAUGAGAUCAAAUAUGGGACAAAUAGCACGACGAAUUGAACAAAAUGCUGGUUUAACGCCUCCAGUAAUUAUUACCACACCUGCUUUUAAAGUUGAAUCACAUCAAUCAACAGGUAUAUCUUUUAAUUAA